UGUACAUAAAAAAAGAAGAAGAAGAAAUCUUGUAUAUUAGCUAUGGUUCUCGGAAAACGUCGGAGAUUCAUCUGUGAUGAAGAAGAAUAUAACAUAAUGAGGAAAAUCUUCAAAGUAACCCUAGAAAAGGAUUCAACUUUGGAGGAGGAAUCUGAUGAAAAUGUAGAUAAACAUAAGUUAUGCAGAGAUUACAUGGUGGAGGUUCUCAAAGAUCGUUUAUCAGGACUAUGUGAUGGUAAUUCCGAAGCAGAACAACCUUUACCUUAUUUAAUUGGAUGUUAUCUUCGUGCUAACGGAGAAGAAGAGGAAAAUCAAAUUAAGCUGGCCAUAGGCAUGGGCUUUAAUUAUACUCAGUGUUGUGCCUUGAACACUAUAUCUAGACAAGCAAAGGAGCUAAUUGUUUCUCAUAGCCUGAUGCAUCUCGUGGAUUCAGUUCGGCUACACAACAGAGAUAAAGAUUACGAUGCUAGUUUGUUCCUUAAAACACACGGUGAAACUAAUUUUAGGGAAUCAUAUCUACUGCCACUACUUUACUCAAAAGUUUGUGGCAAACCUUUUGGCGGAUUUCAUUGUCCACAGGGGUUUCUGGAGCAAUUUAUCAAGGAUUCCGAUUAUGAUAGUUUGAAGUUGGUUUUGACACCAUUAUAUCAUGAUUUGAGAAGUAAGGUGGCGGUAGAGGAUUUGCGUCCGGGUAAUUUUGAGGAGCCAUUGAAGGGAUUAACUUAUUUAGUUAAAACUCCUAUCUGUGCUAAAGUUCUAGUGAAUCACCCAAGGUGGAUACCCAAGGUUACUGACGGGAUUGAAUUCGAGAGGCUAAGCAUACUAGGUGGUUUCUUUAAUGUUAGUCUUAUUCCAGACGAAAGGUUGUCCGAGAAGAAUGAAUGGUGUCCACGAAAGGUGAUCUCUUGUCGGUUACUGACUCGCCGAACAAAUGCCAAGUCAUCUUUUUCCAAAGAGGUAAGAGCUCUCACGAAAAUAUUACACGACGGGCUUGAAGAAGUGCUUCUGUCUCUCCUUAGAAACUGUGAAACGCAAGAGAAUGUUUUCGAGUAUCUAUCAGAAAUAAUUAGGCAAAACUCUUCAGUGACUAAUAUACAGGUUGAUCCAAAUUGUGGGAGUUCUGGCAUGUUUGUGAACCUCAGUGCUGUCAUGCUUCUGCUAUGCAAGAAAUUCAUAGAUAAAGAUUUAACCAAGAGAAGUGAAAUUGAUGGAACAUAUUUAUUUUGCAAUCCUCAUUUGGAUGUGAGUGAUUUGACUACUGUCCACGCAUCUUCCAAAGAAGUUGUAGCAUGGAUUUCUGAAUUUCGAAAAAGCGACGGCUCCGACUUGCUGUCCAAUUCCUCCGAAGAAGCCACCAGUUCUGGCAGCAAUGUGGGUUUAGUUUCUGUACUUUCAACGGAGAAAUUAACAAAUUCUCGUGGGAAAACUAGAUAUACAAUCGGUUGUAAAUUUUUCUUUAUGACGGCGAGGGUUCUUCAUAUGGGUCUAGUCAAAUCACUUUCCGAGCUACUGCAUUUGCAUCGGAAACUGGCAUUAAAUAAAAAUAUUCUGCCCACUUUGAAUGCGUUGUUAGGAAACGCUCCCUUCCCACAGCCAGAGCAGGAUAUGGAGCAUCUUCCUUUUGGAGUAAAAAAAGAUUGGCAAAAAUUUUGUUGUUAUUUAUCUCAGAUACUACAGGAUAAAGCAUUACUUAAAGACGCAUUAUCCUUCUACCGCUUGAUGGUUGUUUGGUUGGUAUCCCUUGUUGGCGGGUUUAAAAUGCCUUUGCCAUCAAGCUGCCCGAUUGAAUUUGCAUGUGUGCCUGAACACUUGGUCGAAGAUGCAAUAGAAGUGCUUAUUGCUGUCUUUACGUACUCUGAAUCAUUGGCCGAUGUCAUUCCUGAAAUGGAUGAAUUUUUGAAAUUCAUUAUAAUGUUCGUGGCAAGUCCAAAUUAUAUUCGAAACUCUUAUAUAAGACAAAGGAUGGUGGAACUCUUGGAUCUGUGUAUCCGCAAUAGAAGAUGCUCGUCUUCAGCAAUUACCAUUUUAGAAGGCAGCCAACUAUGUGUGGAGUUUCUUGUUCGUAAUCUUCUAGAACUUUAUGCUGGGAAGGAGUUCAUAGGAUCUCCAAAUAAGCUUCAAUUUCGCAAAAGCAUUUUGGAAGUUCUUGAUUGCUUGUGGGAGAUUCCUUCACACCGCGAGGCAUGGAGACAGAUUGCUGAAGAAGAUACUGGGUUUUACGUGGUAUUUUUGAAUGCAGUGAUCAGCGAGAAUAUCAAACUUCUUGACAAUGAUUUUCAUAGAAUAUUAGAAGAGACCGAGGACGAGAUGUCUAGCAUCGAGGAUAUGGAACUUGUACGAUUUCUGCAGAUGCAGGAGAGCGCCCUUAUUUUUCAAUUUGAUAAGGGUAUGAUUGGAGGUUCUAUUUCAUAUGUAAUUGCAAGUGUGGCAAUGCUAGCAUUUACGUCAAAGCAGAUUAUUGUUCCUUUCCUCCUUCCACAUAUGGUUGAUAUCGUGGUUACAAUGCUCAAUUGCUUCUUGUUACAUCUUCUGAGCCUUCACAAAAGAUAUUGUAUUCCAGGACGCUCCAUGAAGUGUGCACAUUGUGUGGUGAUAUUGCUUAAGCAGAUUGUCAGCAUUUACGUACAUCUUGCAAGGGGUGACAGUGAAGAAAUUUUUGCAGCUGCUAUAUCAAAGAAUAGUCAAUCAUACAACGAGCAGAUGUUCAUAGACGUCGCAAGAGUUCUGCAUGAAGACAGCUUGGUACCAGAAUUUAUAGAGCUUGGCACCAGAGUUAAUGAUGCAGCUCUGAAGGCAAUUGAGACCGAGACUUCCCUUGGGGAGAUACCAAAUGAGUUCCUUGACCCAAUUGAAUUCAAACUGAUGGCUGAUCCUGUAAUUCUUCCUUCUACGAAGUCGGUAGACCGAGCUGUCAUACAAAGGCACCUUCUGAAUUACAAUACUGAUCCUUUUAAUGGUCUUCCUCUUACCCAAGAAAUUCUCAUCCCAAAUGUUGAGCUAAAAGCGAAAAUCGAGAGGUUCAUUAUUUCUAAGCAGUCCCAAGAAUAGUAUUAAAUCACAUGUUGGUAUCAGAUUGACAUUCAUUCAUAUAGAAGUCCCAGAGUUGGCAAGUAAAUCUUCUGAUCAGCUUAAAGAAAGGGUCGUGUUACAGUCUUUUAGGUGGAUUAAAUAUUAAGUUACAAGAGCUUGUAUAUCUCUGCUUGUUAGACUAGGCUGAGCAUAAACUGAAGGAUAAGAUAUGGUUCAAGCUGCAUCUUUAAGGCUUACGUUGUUUUGGGUUUUUCUGGUCCAUGAUUCUGAUAAUAAUAAUAAUGAUGUCUAGAAGAUGUGAAUGGGUAAUUUUAAAUUCUCGGUAUCCAUUUUAAGGGAAAAGCAUUACUAAAAUUCUAAGA